ACUUUUUGGUGGACUUGAGUUCGUACACGAAGAUGAUUCGCACUAUUCUAAAGACCGCUAUCCUGGCAUCGGUAUGCUCUACCGUAUUCGGUGGACUUGAAAAGUUCGAUGGCUCUCCAGCAAUUAAUAGCCCUAUGAAAGGCUCUGGACAAGGCUCUGGACCUCGCCCUGACACCACCAUGAGCACCAAGACAACCAUGCACUUUGAUGAUAUCUCUGACCGCCCCACGGACUACGAGACGGAAUUGGAGACCGAGACUGUCACUAUCACACGUGUGGUAACCGGCCCUAGCGGACCGAACGGUGACUGUAUGGUACCCGAAUGCGCGUCUGUGGUCGAGCUCACCCUCACUGGCUUUGAUAGCCACCAUGAACAUGAAUUUAUUAUUGAUCUUGUCAAGGCACUAAAUGUCGUUGCUUGCCAGGAUAUCGAUGGUACUGGAGCCCCUUGCAACCUGCCAGAGCCAAUUAAUCUGGUUGAUUACUAUUCUUCGGUAAAUGAAGAAAACGUAAACAAGACCACUACAACACUGGUACUUACAAUUUGUGACGAAGCGUGUGCUGAAGCUUUCCUAAGACGUGUCACAAGCCGAUUCUUUGCAGUCGAGUUGUUAUUAGAGCUAAGACCGGGUGAUAAUAGGAGAGGAUCCCUUUCAGGAGCUUUCAACGCUAUCAACUCUUUGACUGGUCAGGUCACAGGCGCACCUUCCGAAAAUCCAGACAGUCCCUUCAACCCCAACGGAGGUACUUUCACCUUCGACGAGAUUGCUUGUGACUUCGCUGCAGAGGUAGAGUCAAAUCUCACGAACUGCCUCGGAGAAAGCCAGUGCUACUCCGGAGGUAUAGUAUGUAUCCAGUGCGAGUCUGGAUUCAUCCAAAAUGUAGAUCUUGUCUGUGUUGAAGACGCCCAGUGUUCCGUUCUUGCGCUGGAAUCAUGCGAGAACGCUGCAGACUUCUGCAGCUUCCCGAGUAUUAUCAACGGUGUCGCUGUUGUCACACCCGACGAGGGUCCUAUUAGAGUGUGUCCCUCCAGUGAUUGCUGCGCGACUCCGGGUCCUCAAGAAUUCUCCGUUUUUACAACUUGUGAUGGUAAUUGCCCCUCUCCCAGUCCAGUCUAUAGACGCUAAGUUGAAUGUUCUUUUGCGGCAGUGGUUUCAAAAACCACGGCUGGCGUUUGAUCGUCUCCCCCACCUCAACUCCACGACACCUCUGCUCACAUUAAAAGAGUAAAAAUUCUUUUUCCGAAUCCUUGAAAUACUUUCAACGCUUUUAUUGUGUAGCUGAUUUGAGGAGUGAAAGUGCUUCCAACUAAAGAUUGAACGAAAUGUAUGUAAGUUUACUUGUACUACGUUGUCACUUGGG